AUAGGAGCCUGAAGGCAGUAGUGAGUCGUGAAAAGAGUGACGACGAUGCUGGAGUCGCCAUCGCAAACCAGCGACCCAGGCCCGCUUCUGCGUGCAGCUGUGCCGCAUGAGAUGGUCGGGGCUGGGUUGUGCCUUGGAUUUCGACGUCAAGUUUAGGUUACAUCACCCAUGGUUGAGAUAGUCGGAGGCCUGCGACGAUAUAUUCGUUUCUGACGUUGGUGAGGGUCGAGGGUACGGAAGCGCUGCUCUGGCGAGGACGAGGACGAGGACGAGCUCUCCAUCUCGUUCAGCGCAUGGGUGGUCUGCCAGGCCGUCGCAAGGAUGUAUGGCAUUGGCAGACUGAGGCCAGCCACGACUCCAGGUCCCACCUGUUUAACCUUAAUAGCAACCCUGUGCGUCGGGAGUGCUGGUUGUGCUACAGUACAAGUUCUGCAAGUUCUGGCUUGGGAAGGUUGCCCAGCCUCACGUGCCUACACUCCGUACUUAUCGUGCCAGUGCCAGCAAGUUUUGUCGGACUUGAAGACUGCUUGGCGUUCAGCUGGUGGCCCCUUACCAGAUCGCUGCUCGAUCACUCGUCAAUGGGUGAGAGGUGGACCUGGGAGCGCCUGGGUGCCUGGAUGGCUGGCCACUUUUGAUUCGUGCAACCCCAAUGGCGCUCCUUCAGCGGGAGCUAGCCUCUGCCCUGCAGACCGAUUGGUGUGGUCCUUCUUCUCAAUUUCAACCAUCUCUCCGUUCGUAUAUCGGGUUCGAUUGGACACACUGCUUCCCAGGAGGCUUGGCCUGCUCUCUGCUUCGACCGGUACUCAGCGUUGCGUGGAAUUUCCUUUGGCUGGUUUGUACCACGCUAAUGCACCGGCCAUGUAUCUGCCAAGGGUAAGACAGGGUGGAUGCCCGACUAUUUCUGGUGCAGAUCGAUUUGACAACAUACGCGGUAAGGUUACGGGCUUCGAUUCUGCCGGCCACCACCCAGACGGCAAGCUGCCGAUCCUUCAAAUGAUACUUUUUGCAUGAUGGCUGUGUCCCCUUCUUUUAGAGCCGGCGAGAUAAGAGAGCAGAGCCCCACCACUUUCUUUCGUAC